GGAAGCAUGAACGCGUCGAGGAUGCUCUUUCUUCGCCAAGCAAUGACAUCGGACCCUGACGAUCGGCCGCGGCUCAAGUGCAUCAACUCACCCACAACAUCAGAAGCACAACACUGAAGCUCGCCAUAGCUCAGCACGGCAUAUCCAGCAUAUCCAAUCCCUCUGUAUUCUCAAGUCCACCCACACGACCUCACUACACUUACGCACGACCGUACUGCACACGAUCUUGAGCAUCUCAAAGCUCGCACCCCUCGAAGCUACGUCUACGAAGCCCCCAUCUCAGCGUCAAUUGAGGGUCGCUACCGUGACACAAUCGCAACAACUCGAAACAGAUCUCGCUCAAGAUGGCGCAACCAGUACAAGCUCCCACCGACACACCAACCUCCUAUAUCGACCCCACAUUCUCCCUACUCAACUCGACAUGUCUGGACCUGCUCCUGAUCGAGCUCGUACCCAUGGCAUACCGAAUAACCGCUGACCUAGCAGCGCGAGAAGAGGAGUGGACCGGCACAUCAACUACAAAAGCAAAUAGACUAUCGUCACACAGCAACGACGCAAGCAGCACAGCAGCAGCAGGCGGCGGCGCAGGGACAACAGGCGGCGGCGGGACCUUAACGGUCGACGAGGAAGAAUCGCGCGAGGCGGUGUUCCACAGACUAGAGAGCCUAGGGUACCGCGUCGGCCUCGGGGUCGUAGAACGAUUUUCUCGCGACACUCCCCGCCCCACCACGCCACUCGACUGCAUAAAAUUUCUGUGCAAAGACCUCUGGACGCUCUUAUUCCGCAAGCAAAUCGACAACCUCAAGACCAACCACCGCGGCAUCUAUGUCCUGACAGACAACACGUUCAAGCCACUCACACGGAUGAGUUUCGACACGAAAAAGUAUACGCCGGAGGUGCAAGUUCGCAUCAACGAGGCCGCGGAACGCAUGCUGAGGGAGGGCGACGCGGACGGGAAUGGGAUAAAUGAGAUGGGGCUGGGGCGCGAGGCCAACAGUAUUGGGAGGGUGCAGCCGUUUUUGUACUUCCCGGCGGGUGUGGUGCGAGGGUGUUUGGAGGGCUUGGGGAUUAGGGCGAGUGUGCAGGCUGAGUGUAGUGCGCUGCCGAGUGCGACGUUCCAAAUCAGGACGGCAGGGGCGAAGAAUUGAGUCAAGAUAGAGGAGCAUGCAUGAUGUGAUUCAGCGGCAUUGGGCGGCGUUUGGAGCAUAGCGACUUGAUCAACGCCUCGUCACGGACAAGGCAUCUUUGUCUUCAAAGAUU